AUGAUACCAAGAUUGGCAGCUAAUGAAAAACAAUAUAUUUCAUCGAUAAUGCAUAUUCGAGAUGUACGCGAUAAACAACAACUUAUUAUUAAAGCAAUUGGUGUCAUUUUGUUUGGACCUCAACAAAAAACUCAUAAUCUAAUGAAAGAUAUUAUUCUUAUAUCGGCAUUAUUUGUUUCUAUUGGUAUAUAUAUUUAUGCAUUUAUUCGUCAACGUGAAACACAAGCAAAUAUAAAUAUAAUGUUAAAAGAACUUGAAAUAUUACAAAAAGUUGAAGGCAAUUUAUUAGCUGUAACUAAAAAGUAA